CCUGCCCGCCCCCUGGCCGCGGCCGCUUUAAACUGACUCAAUGAAGGGCGGUGCGCCACUUGGCUUCCAGCGAGGGACAGCACAACAUCACACCAGAGCCUGCCUUCAGCAUUAUGGGCAUCAGCACGAAGAGAGUCGAUUUUGAAUGGGUGUACACGGAUCAGCCGCACACGCAAAGAAGGAAAGAAAUGCUAGCAAAGUAUCCUGAGAUCAAGUCUCUAAUGGGACCAGACCCCAAUCUAAAAUGGAUUGUGUCUGGGAUGGUACUUACACAGACCAUUUCCUGCUAUUUUGUGAAGGACUUGUCUUGGAAAUGGAUUAUCUUCUGGGCUUAUGCUGUUGGAGGUGCAGUCAACCACUCACUGACUCUUGCCAUUCAUGAUAUUUCUCACAAUGUUGCCUUUGGCAAUAAGCUGGCCAAGUGGAACCGACUGUUUGCAAUCUUUGCUAAUUUGCCCAUUGGAAUGCCUUAUUCUGCAUCAUUCAAGAAAUACCACAUAGAUCACCAUCGUUACCUGGGCGGCAAUGGCCUGGAUGUGGAUAUUCCAACGGAGAUUGAAGGGUGGUUCUUCUGCACACCAUUUCGCAAAGCAAUUUGGCUUGUUUUGCAACCACUUUUUUAUGCACUUAGGCCUCUUUAUGUUAACCCUAAACCUGUUUCAAGCCUGGAGAUAUUGAAUGCUGUGAUACAGUUUGCAUAUGAUUUUCUCAUCUAUUACCUGUGGGGUUUGAAACCUAUAGUAUACCUGAUAGCCGGCUCUCUCCUGUGUAUGGGUAUACAUCCAAUCUCCGGACAUUUCAUUGCCGAGCAUUACAUGUUCCUUAAAGGGCAUGAGACCUAUUCGUACUAUGGGCCUCUCAACUGGAUAACCUUCAAUGUGGGCUACCAUGUUGAACACCACGACUUUCCCAGUAUUCCUGGCAGCAAAUUACCACUGGUGAAGGAGAUUGCCCCCGAGUACUACGAUCACCUUCCCCAGCACACUUCAUGGGUACGCGUGCUCUGGGACUUUGUGUUUGACGACAGCAUUGGCCCUUACACCAGGAUUAAGAGGGAGUGCAAGCUCGUGAAAGAGGACUGAGAGGAGUGGGAGUAAAGAACAACAUCCUGUUGCUCCUGGCAUCAGAAGUUAAAGCAAAUAAAAAUACAUCAGGUUCAUCAGUGCAUAGGAUGGGAACGAAGUCAAUGUUUAGAUUUAUAAUAUUUAUUAGCACCACCAGUUCUUUAAUAUUAAAGUCAAAUGACCUGCUGGACAAUGACAUUCAAUUAGGUCCCACAAUUACCAUAAAUUUUAGCAUAAUUCAAAAUAAUUCCGAUUCUAUUUGUUGACCCAGCAAUGUAUUUUUAACCACUAAAAAUAGCAUAGAUCCACUUUUUUUGGGGGGGGGGGGGGGGGGGGGGGACAAAGUUGGCUUCAUAUUGACAUUGUGUUGAGGUGUGAAAAGACUCUGACAUGCAACAGAACGAGACUCUGUUGGCUGUGAGGUGAGGUCCCAUUUGAUCAACAGCGCUAGUGUGCACUAAAGCCCCUUGAUACCCACACUCCAGCUCUGUGUAGACACACUGUUAGACAGUAAAACUACAUUCUUCAGCUCAGGCAAACAUGCGGACUGAUUCAAAUGUUACACCAGAGACGGGAGUCACUUUAUAGUUGCAACAUUUAAACCCUGCCCUUGCACAGAACCACCAAGUCUAUAAAGUCACGUAACGUGUCUUUCAUGAAAUGCAUCAGUGUAGAGUUUACGAUGUUCUGUUGGUCCCUGUAGUCUAGUAACAUGGAUGAGUCAACUAUACGACACGGUAAAGAGUUACCAUCAGGAUUAAGGCAUUUGCUGCAUUUCCUCACACCAGCAGUUUCGAGAAACCCUUGUGUAAGUUGCCGGCAGUUAAAAUAAUUUCUAUCUCUAUGUGAAAGAUAAAGCUAUCUAUUAGUUAUCGCAUGGUACACAGUGCAUCCUAAUAGUGAUCCUCUCUGCUGAGAAUGCUGCUAAUCAGCAACGCCCCCACUGGCAUUAAAACAUCUACUAAUCUCAUUAACACAAAUGAGGAUCUCUCAAUUUGACAAAGCCUCUAUGCUGUGAAAUUCACAAAGGCAUGCAUAUUGUCAUUAAACCAGGUGAUUCAUUCACGACUACCUGGUGGCCCAAACCUAUUUAAGAUCCAAGAACGUU